AUGACCCCGACCACGCCCUUCCCCCGUCACCUCGAGACCCUCCUACGCUCCUGCUGCGCCGGUCACCACCUCCGCCCCCUCUUCGCGCGCCUCAUCGUCGCCGGCCUCGUCCGCCACCCCCUCGCCCUCCGCCGCCUCGUCGAGCUCCUCGCCCUCGCCGCCAACCACCCCGCCGCCCCCCUCCUCGCUCGCCCCCUCUCCCACCUCUACUUCCGCCUUGCCCCCGCCUCCACCACCUUCCUCUACAACCUCCUCAUCCGCGCCUUCUCCCGGAGCCGCCACCAUCCCACCGAGUCUCUCGUCGCCUUCUCCUCCCUCCUCCGCCACGGCGGCCGCUCCCUCCCCGACCGGUUCACCUUCCCCUUCCUUGUCAAGGCCAGCUCCAAUCUCAAUUCCCCCUUCGAAGGGCAGCAGAUCCACUCCCAGGUACUGAAACGUGGAUUCCAAUCCGAUGUCUAUGUUGUAAAUACUUUUCUCAGCAUGUAUUCUUCUUUUGGGGACUUGGCUUCGGCUCAGAAGCUCUUUGAUUCGAGCUCUGAGGUGUUGGAUGUUGUCUCGUGGAACACGAUAAUUGAUGGAUACGUGAAAUCCGGGGCAGUGGAGGUUGCAAGGCGGCAUUUUGACGAAAUGCCGGUCAGAAAUGAGGUAUCUUGGAGCGCGAUCAUUUCGGGUUACGCCGGGAAGGGUGAGCUGGACAUGGCUCAAUCCUUGUUUGAUAGAAUGCCGGUCGGGAGGAACAUCGUGACUUGGAACUCGAUGAUAUCCGGGUUCGCAAGGCAUGGGUUGCUCCCGCUGGCAAGAAAGCUGUUUGAUGAGAUGCCAGUGAGGAAUGUUGUGUCAUGGAAUUCAAUGGUUUCAGGGUAUGCUAUGAAUGGGGAGAUGGACUUGGCAAUGGAGUUGUUUGAUCUAAUGCCGGAGAGAGAUGUAGUUUCUUGGAGCUGCAUGAUUUCGGGCUAUGCACAGAUUAACUGGUAUAUGGAGGCACUGCAAAUCUUUAAAAGGAUGCAACUGGAGAGCAGUGUAAAGCCCAAUGAAGUUACAAUGGUCAGUGUGCUCUCAGCUUGCGCACACCUAGCCGCUUUGGAUCAGGGAAAGUGGGUCCAUGCUUACAUUGACAAAAACCACAUGACUUUGGAUGAUGACUAUAAUCUAGGUGCUGCAUUGAUCGAUAUGUAUGCCAAGUGUGGAAGCAUGGAGACGGCGGUUGAACUCUUCCAUGCAUUGGCUAGGAAGAAUGUUUCUAGCUGGAAUGCUCUGAUCACAGGGUUAGCAAUCAAUGGGGCAGCUCAUGAAUCUCUUGAAGCCUUUGAGCGGAUGCAGAGAUCAGGGCCAAAGUCUAAUGGCAUCACUUUUUUGGGUGUCUUAACUGCAUGUACUCAUGGUGGGUUGGUGGAUGAAGGGCGUUGGUAUUUUGAGAACAUGUCAAAGGUUUAUGGGGUUCAGCUUGAGAUGAAGCAUUAUGGUUGCAUAGUCGAUUUAUUGGGCCGAGCUGGGUUCUUGGAAGAGGCAGAAGGGAUCGUCAGAAGCAUGCCAAUGAAGCCGGAUGUGAUGGUAUUGGGUGCUUUGCUUGGUGCUUGUAGGAUCCACAGAGACAUCAGAAUUGCAGAUAGGAUAAGAUGUCAAGUUCUCAAUCUGAAGCCUCAGCAAUCUGGUUGCCAUGUUCUACUGUCUAAUAUCUAUGCUGCUGCUGGUAGAUGGGACGAUGCCUUAGAGAUGAGGAGUUUAUUGAAGCAGAGUGGCAUCAGGAAAGAGCCAGGGUCUAGUUCAGUUGAAUUAGAUGGAGUUGUAUAUGAGUUUGUUGCAGGGGAUUGUCCCAAUCCAGAGGCCAGCACGGUAUAUUCCUGGCUAGAUGAAAUGGGGAGGAAGCUAAGAUCUCUAGGGUAUUUACCAGUGACUGAAGAUGUUCUGUUAGAUUUAGAUGAAGAAGAUAAAGAGACCUGUCUCUCAAGGCACAGUGAGAAGCUUGCUUUAGCAUUUGCCUUGCUAAGGGCUACACCUCAAUCAACAAUUAGAAUAGUAAAGAAUCUACGGAUAUGUGGGGACUGCCAUUUAUUUAUAAGGCAUGUAUCAAAAUUAUACCCACAGCAAAUUCUUGUGAGAGAUAGAAUCCGCUUCCACCAUUUCAAGGGUGGCUUUUGUUCAUGCAAGGAUUACUGGUGAUGUCAAAGUAUUGCUGAAACUCAUAUUUUGUCGCAUGGGGUGCAAUAAAUUUCGAGAAUUAUACUCGUUGAUGCCAAUUGCAGCUGGAUGACUGUGUUCUACUUGUGUGCUUCAAAGAUUCACUUGCUCUUUUAGACCGAUGAAGGGUCCUGGCUGUAUGACUGCUCUCACCAAGUGGCAAUGCAUCCAAUACCUUCUGCCGAUCUUUAAUCAAUGAGUAUACUACAAUUAAGGAUGAUUAGCUUGGACAGCUGAGGGAUUUUAUUUGGUACCUAUGUCAAGAAAGCUGUUAACAUCUUUAUGAGGUCUUUAAGAGAUCUAUGGUUCCUGAGAAGAGGCUGAACAAUAGGUCUCAGGAAGAGCAUGCAAGUCGCUCAAGGUUUGAAGGAGGGUUGACUAUAAGGAAAUACUCUUGAGGGCCUAAUGUUUUGUCAGCUAAACCUCCCAUCAAAUGUGGAUGCUCAUACCGAUGAAUGGCUUUCAAAAUUGCAAGCCCCUCAGCCUCCAGUUUGUGUUCUUUUUUCUGCAAGUGGCUAAGCAAAUUGUUACUGGUGUUGGGAGGAAUAUUUAAAUGUUGAAUAAUACCUCCACUGUUGAUUGUUUUUGAGAUACUAUUUGGACCGUUCCAAACAACAAGCACCAGCUAUGUUUGGUAGCAAAAUGAGGUCUGCUGUUCAAUCUUGAAAUGGCAUCAGAAGUUGAGCCUAUCCCUAUCUAAAUGUUAUUUGAAGCUGUGAAGAUAUAAGAGAUGCUGCAUCUUUAACAAAAGCAAUAAGAAAUCUUCACAAAUGCUGCAUCUUCAGCAAAAGCAAUAACAUCAAUCUUAACAAGUAUCCCCAGACAACUAGAUUUUGAGGCGUGAUCUCUAGGAUGGUGUGGAUAUUGUAAUUUUUUUUUUGUUCUGCAAGGUUGCUUUUCCCAUUGCUGAAAUAUUCAUGUGGCAAGACUGGGAGAACAUUACUGAGGAUUCGAAGGGAAUUGUGAUGGAGGGAGAUUCAAUAAUUUUGACUUGCUAAUAU